CCUCUUAUCCUCCCCAGCUCGCGUGCCUCCCGAGCCAAUUUGCCGUGCCAAGAAAAAUGGUAAUCCAUCCACCCAUCAGUUUCCACAUUAUUCGCUGUGCGCAAUGCGACAAGUCGAUAGUCCAAAUCUCGAACAGCAGUAGAGUACAAAUCCUCACCUGCUCCCCUGUUUCCUGGUUUUCUUCCCCAUCUGCCACUCCCACAUUCUCUCUUCUCGCCCCGUGACCCAUCGAGUUCACCCGCCACCACCGGAGGAGCCGCAGCGGCGUCGGAGGAGGAGGAGGAGAGGGAGAGGUAUUGACGGCAGCGACAGAAGAUGGCGAGGAAGCCGCUCGACUUCGAUCAGCUGAACGAGAAUGUCAAGAAGGUGCAGUACGCGGUGCGCGGGGAGCUCUACCUCCGCGCCUCCGAGCUCCAGAAGGAGGGCAAGAAGAUCAUCUUCACCAACGUCGGCAACCCGCACGCCCUCGGACAGAAGCCGCUCACCUUCCCCCGCCAGGUGGUGGCUCUCUGCCAGGCUCCGUUCCUGCUCGAUGAUCCCAACGUCGGCCUCUUGUUCCCGGCGGAUGCCAUCGCGCGGGCCAAGCACUACCUCUCCCUGGCGCCCGGCGGUUUAGGUGCUUACAGUGAUUCCCGUGGUAUCCCUGGAAUUAGGAAGGAGGUUGCUGACUUCAUCCAGAGGCGUGAUGGAUAUCCGAGUGAUCCAGAACUCAUUUACUUGACAGAUGGUGCUAGCAAAGGUGUGAUGCAGAUGCUGAACGCCAUUAUCAGAAACGAGAGAGAUGGGAUUUUGGUCCCUGUUCCUCAAUACCCACUUUAUUCUGCUGCCAUUUCCCUCUUUGGUGGCUCCCUGGUCCCAUACUACUUGGAAGAAGAGGCUAACUGGGGCCUUGACUUUGUCAAUAUCCGACAAACAGUGGCGGAGGCACGGUCAAAGGGAAUCACUGUUCGAGCAAUGGUGAUUAUCAAUCCGGGAAAUCCCACUGGACAAUGCCUUAGUGAAGAAAAUAUAAAGGAACUUCUGCAAUUUUGCUACCAUGAAAAUUUAGCUCUGCUUGCAGAUGAAGUGUAUCAGCAGAACAUUUAUCAAGAUGAGCGCCCGUUUAUAAGCGCAAGAAAGGUUUUGUUUGACAUGGGUCCACCACUAAGCAAGGAAGUUCAGCUUGUUUCUUUCCACACUGUGUCCAAAGGGUUCUGGGGAGAGUGUGGACAACGUGGUGGAUACUUUGAAAUGACAAAUCUUCCCCCAAAGACAGUAGACGAGAUCUACAAGGUUGCAUCAAUAGCACUGAGCCCGAAUGUUCCAGGGCAAAUUUUUAUGGGAGUGAUGGUUAACCCUCCAAAACCUGGUGAUAUCUCGUACCUGAAGUUUGCUGCUGAAAGCAAGUCCAUCCUAGAGUCCAUGAGGAGGAGAGCACGCAUGAUGACAGAUGGUUUCAACAGUUGCCGAAAUGUCAUGUGCAAUUUCACAGAAGGAGCUAUGUACUCUUUCCCCCAAAUACGCCUGCCACCAAGAGCGAUUGAGGCAGCGAAAAGAGCAGGCAAAGUACCAGAUGUUUUCUACUGCCUCAAGCUUCUGGAAGCAACCGGAAUUUCCACUGUUCCGGGAUCUGGUUUUGGUCAGAAGGAAGGGGUGUUCCACCUCCGGACAACUAUCCUUCCUGCUGAGGAAGACUUCCCUGCCAUCAUGUCGAGCUUCAAGAAGUUCAACGACUCAUUCAUGGAGCAAUACGAGAGCUACUCCAGGAUGUGAAUAGGAACAUUCACAAGAAAAGGAAGCAUCGGCUGUCAGAUUCUUGGUUUCAGUCUGAGCCGUGAUCCAUCAUUUCCAAGGACAUUAUUAAUUGAAAGUUAAUUAGUUGUAACUCUCUUAAAGAAACAAAUUUUGCCUUGGAUAUGUAUAGGGAAUCAAAGUUCUGUGGGGAAUAUGUAUCCGCCAUUUACUGGUACCAUCGUAUAUAUAAUAUGAAAAUCUUGUAAUAUAAUAUAUAUAAUGCUGGAAGAUGCUUUGCCACUAUCACAA